AUGGAUACUCAAUUACAAGAGUCACGCAUCCAACUCUCUUGCUCAGAUAGUAGGGUUCAAGAUAUUUCUCAAGAAAUGUUGCGAAAUAUUCGACAAGAAGCAAGAAAUUCUGAAAUUAGUGAGAAAUCAGAAAAUAAAAUUUCCAAAGAAGAAAAUGUAUAUGAAAUUCUUAACA